AUGGAUAUCUCAACUUGCCCGAACCUCCAGGAGGUGAAACUGAUGUUAUCAGACUUCGACUACACUUUCCUUAAUUCGGAUCACAACGUUCCGGAGGCAAAUGCAGCGGCUUUUGGCGAAGUCGUGGCAGCCGGUAUCAUUGCUGGUAUAGCCAGUGGGCGGUCAAGAGAGGGAACGCUUUAUUGUCUUUCUCCACCUUGCGAUGAGCUGAUGAAGUAUAAUGGGUUUCCUGGAGUAUUUCUUAAUGGAAGUGUGGUGUACGGACGGGAUGGGAAGCUCCUUUCAAGCACAGAAAUUUCGCCAUCCUCACAGGCAGUGUUAUUGGACAAGAUGAAAGAAAUGGGAAUAAUAGGAAACGUGAUGGGAUACACUGCCGAUCGCAUCUUCUGCAUCGAAAGGAACGUAUACACAGAAACAAACCACACCGUAUACAAAGAACCAGAAGCCGAACUUCUGUCUUACGAGGAGUUCGCCGCCAAGCGCUUCGUGAAAUUAGUAGCUUGUGGGACUGUCGAGUCCACCGAUAGGGCUCGUCCAAUUCUGGAAAAGGCUGUGGCAGGACAGCUGCGCUGUGUGCGCCCUCUUGACUGGAACCUUGAGUUCAUAAACCCCUCUGUCUCGAAAGCGGUGGGGGCCAAGGUGUUGCUGAACCACCUCAACAUGACCCCCAACCAACUGCUUGCCAUGGGAGACGGCGAAAACGACGUUCAAGUACUCGAAUUAGCAGGGGUUUCUGUGGCAGUCGCUAACGCCUGCCCAGCAGCGAAAGCUGCUGCGAAGUACACCACCGUCAGCAACAACGAAAGCGCUUUCAGGGUCGUCGCCGACUUGGUUCUGAAGGCGCGCGGGAAAGUAAGCACAACCAACUCGCUGCCCCAAGCCAACUAG